CAAACAUGAGUUCCAAAGUCAAAGAGAAUCGGAUCAACUCUGAAAUUACAAUGCUCGACAAACUCCCUGAGGGAUAUCUCGUUCAGUACAGAGAAGGUGACGGAUGUUUGAGAGUUGACCUCGAAAUUGAUCGCAAACUGGUCAAGUCAGAACUGCUUCCUGAUAACAUAAAUGCCUUUAAUUUCAGCAUCAUCUGCGACACUGAGUUUCCGUUCAAAGGGCCUCAAGUCCAAUGAAACACAAACUUCUUGCAAAUGAGCAUCUGAGACCAACGAGACUUGUUCGUCAACAUUUGAAGGACCAAGUGGGCUCCAUCAAACACUUUAUAUGAAAUCACGAAAUUGAUCCCUGAAUUUAUUUCGGAUGCAGUCAUCAGCGAAGCUUCAGAGGAACGAAAGUUCAUUGGGAGGUUCAACCUCUGACAAGAAUACUACAUCGGAGAUUAUUACGGCAUAUUUGAUGUGUGGAAAUUCAAAGACAGACACAACAUAUUCAUUGAUUAUACUAUUCUGAAGACAGACCAGCAACAUAAAAGUCAGUCGAGGUAUCUUGUGGUAACCGAUACUGGUCUUAUGGUGUGAGACCCAGACACUUCAGACAAAGACUUCGCUGUCUGUAGAGGCUGGAACACUCUUUACAAGCUGCACAAAGUGAGGAGGGAGAAAGACAACCCCAAAGUCAUCAGUUUCGUGUGGGACGACGAUAUGAUGAUGGAGUGGACUCUCACCUUCGAUGACCCAGACCAGUUCAUCAACAGCAUCUUGUUCAAAAUGGAAGCACUUGGGUGAAAGUACCAGAGAAAAGAAUACGUCAAGAAAAUGAUACUUGAAAACGAAGUAACCAAAGCAGGGUUCCUUAAGAACAUGGACUUCAGGUAUCACGAAAUUGUUGACUUGAUCGCAAUCUAUGAAGAAGCUGUAAAUAGCCAACUCACAAUUGAAAAUAUCAAUGCGUUGACUUCUCUUUACCAGAAAGCAAUUGAAUAUUACUCAGCACAAGAUUCUACCAGAUACGAAGACUUCUUAAAUCGGAAUAGGAUUUUGUUGCAAAGAGAAGAUGUCCAGGCUGUCUUAAUGAGUCUAGAAGCAGAGUCAGAAGAAGCAAAGCAGCCACACAAUCAGCCUCAGCUUCACAGCAUCAAUCCGACUUUUGAGCAUCAGAUUCAACAAGAUCCCUCUGGUCACGAAGACCACUUUAUCAUCGGUAGUGAAGACUCUGAGAGUGAAAAAGGUGUUUCAGACAUAAACUUAGACGCAGUUCCAAUUGAAGAGAAGAAAGCAGAACACUCAGAUGAUGAAGAAGAACAGAAUUCUUCAAAUCUUCUUCCAGGCGAAACCCCAGAGAAGCACAUUGAUGAUUUUCUAGAAGAAAACAAAGAACAAGAAGUGUUUGCUCUUGAAGACUGUCUUGAUGACCCAGAGAAGUCUCCGUCUGAUCCAAAGCAGAGUGCUGAAGAUCAACUGGUCGGCAAGUUCAACUCAAUGAAUGUGGAAGAAGACAAGAAAUCAGAUGAUAAUAAUGAAGAAGACGCCAACUCAGAAGAAGGACUCGUUGAUUUCUCAAGUCCUGAAGAGACAGCCAAGAUUGAAGAGGGUGCUAGCAGUGGGGAUGGGCAAAAGGAAAAAGUAGAUCAAGAAGAAGAAGAUCUAUUUAGGAUAGACUACGAGUAGAAGAUUGAUAUUUCAACCAGUA